UUAAUUGUCUUUGCUUUCUCCUAUAAAUUGCUCUCUCCAAUGUAUUCUUACUCUCACCCCCCACUAAUUAAUCACUCACAGACUUCCCACUUCCAUCUAAUGUUACCUUAAUAUUCUUCCUUACCCGGCCACCAUCCACCAGGGUUCCUUCUUCUAGCAUCGUCUGCAACAACCCAUUUGCACCAAAAGAGCCACUUCUUCGACUGUGGGCUCUGCUUAUUUUAGAUGAGAUUGGAUUCUACUCCGGCGGAUCAAGCUUCCCGGCGAAGGUAGGGUUUUGGUGGUGUGGGACAAUGGAGACAUCAACGGCUCUACUGCUAUUGGCUGCCAUCACCGCCGCGUAUUUACUUUGGUUCACCGUCUUCUCCCGCUCGUUGCGGGGCCCACGUAUGUGGCCUUUACUAGGUAGUCUGCCGGAGCUGAUAGAGAACCGCGACCGCAUGCACGAUUGGAUCGCAGAGAAUCUCCGUAAAUGUGGUGGCACGUACCAAACCUGCACUUGCCCUAUCCCCUUCCUGGCUCGAAAACAAGGCUUGGUGACCGUCACGAGUGACCCGAAGAAUCUAGAGCACAUAUUGAAGACCCGCUUCGACAAUUACCCCAAGGGUCCCACCUGGCAAGCCGUGUUCCAUGAUCUACUUGGCGAAGGCAUCUUCAACUCCGAUGGUGACACGUGGCUAUUUCAGAGGAAGACUGCCGCGCUGGAGUUCACCACCCGGACACUACGACAAGCCAUGGCUCGGUGGGUGAACCGAGCCAUCAAGCUUCGGUUCUGCCCAAUCCUUAAAACGGCUCAGGUGGAAUCCAAGACGGUGGAUCUUCAGGACCUCCUCCUCCGAUUAACCUUCGAUAACAUAUGUGGACUAGCUUUCGGUAAAGACCCUCAGACGCUGUCACCAGGUUUACCGGAGAACCGGUUUGCAUUGGCAUUCGACCAAGCCACCGAGGCGACUCUGCAACGGUUCAUCCUUCCCCAACUCAUGUGGAAGUUGAAGAAAUGGCUUCGGCUUGGCCAGGAGGUCAUCUUGAGCCAGAGCGUUGGACACGUGGACAAGUACCUAUUCGAUGUCAUUGAGACACGUAAGCUGGAGCUCCAGAAUCUCGGAGCCGGAGGGAAAGGGAACCCACACGACGACCUACUAUCAAGGUUCAUGAAGAAGAAGGAAGCCUACUCGGACUCCUUCCUCCAACACGUGGCACUCAACUUCAUCCUAGCUGGACGAGACACGUCAUCAGUAGCCCUCAGCUGGUUCUUCUGGCUGCUGACUCUAAACCCAAAAGUGGAGGAGAAGAUCCUGCGCGAAAUCUGCACGGUUCUGAUGGAGACACGUGGCGAUGACACGUCAAAGUGGCUGGAGGAACCAUUGGUGUUCGACGAGGUUGACCGACUAGUUUACCUGAAAGCUGCACUGUCGGAAACCCUCCGGUUAUACCCAUCUGUGCCGCAGGACUCGAAGCACGUCAUUGCUGACGACGUGUUACCGGACGGCACAUUCGUCCCUGCGGGUUCGGCGAUCACCUACUCGAUAUACUCUGUGGGGAGGAUGGAAUGGACGUGGGGGGAAGACUGCAUGGAAUUCCGGCCGGAGAGGUGGCUGUCGCCGGACGAGAAGACGUACGAAGCGAAGGACCAGUUCAAGUACGUGUCGUUCAAUGCGGGGCCCAGGAUCUGUUUAGGGAAGGACUUGGCUUAUCUGCAAAUGAAGUCCAUCGCCGCCGCUGUGUUGCUUAGGCACCGGUUGACGUUAGCACCGGGACACCGGGUGGAGCAGAAGAUGUCGUUGACUUUGUUUAUGAAGAAUGGGUUAAUGGUUAACGUGCACCAUAGGGAUCUCACGGCCAUCGCUGCUGCAAUUCGCAAAGAGAUCGGUUAGGACUAAGUGUUACCCUAAGGGGUUCAAUAUCUAUAUGUUUUGUUUCAUGAAUAAAACUACAAGACAUAUAUAGAAAGAUAAGAAA